GGGGUCUGAACUAUGUUAGUCUAGGUUGUCGCCAUCGGUCGACCUUUCCCACUUACCAAUACCAAUGCCGGGGAAAGGAAAAAAAAGAAUUUCUAGCGUAGUCACUUCAAUUUAUAUGUAGAGGGGGUUAAGACACACAACAUGUCGUUCCUCUUUGGAAAAGCAGACUCUUCUGCUGUUUCCAAAUCAGAGUCCGACAUGGCGACCCAGAAUAUCGAGAUUCGAACGCCUGAAGAGGCAGCGGCACGAAUCGCUUACCUUGCCAGCGACGUCAUUGUCUCAGUUCAGCCCUCGCAAAGCCAGGACUCAGCAUUCUCAUCCCACCUUAAGAGAUAUGCUGCCAGAAAAGACUCAGGCCUAGUUGCUAAGACUGAUGGCUCUGUGCCUGAGAUACAAACUGUCCGACACAAUGUCGACCCUCUUCUCUCUGUCUUCGCGCCCAUCCGAUCCGGUCGCCUCACCUCCGUAACGACCACUUCAAAUAUUCUCCUUGCUUCCAUUGCGCAUUUAUAUAAGCUAGCGAGCUAUCCAGUAGUCAUUCACGUUUCUUUAUACCCUGCUAAUUUCCCCGAUUACUCUGCCAUAACCGCAAUCAGAAAUUCGGGAUGGACAUUCAUCCAGUCCGAAUCUCUCCAGGAAGCACAGGACAUGGCCAUUACCGCGCAUGCUCUGGCAGUUCGUUCUGGAAAGGGUGUUAUUCAUUUCUUCGAUCCGAGCUCCUGUACCCACGAUAAACCGAUAGCGGCCGAAGACGCGGCGUCAUUCCGGGACCUAUUGAAUUUAGACGACGUUCGUCGCUACCAAGCUAGUUCGGUUUCGGAAUCAGGCAUCUACGCUGAUGAUGGAAGAGUUGUUGUAGCUUCAGAUCAUCCCGAGAUACGUCCAAAUGUUACGGAAAAUAGUCUAGCGGACUCGACGAUACUUAGUGCGGCUUCAAAGGCGGCUUCAUCCGAAGCUUCAGACAAAUCCAGCCAACGAAGUAACUCCAGUGCCCCACCAAGUGUAUCUUCAGCCACAACAAUCGAAGCCGCUCCACCUCUAGUCACAUCUGAGGAUAUUUACAAAUAUGUGACAUCGAUAUGGUCUCAACUAAAGGCUACCACUGGCCGCAGUUACAAUGCUUUUGAGUGGUCUGGUCCGGCAACCGCAGAGAAGGCUAUCUUCGUAUUCGGUUCCGAUGCGGGCCUGUUCGCUGAGGCCCUCGAUGCAGCUAAGCCGGAAGAUAUCUACGCAAAGGCUGGAUUGAUUACAGCCAGACUAUAUCGACCAUGGUUAGGCGCUAAACUCAUCGAGGCUAUCCCGAGAUCUGUGAAGCGCAUUGCAGUCUUGGAGCAAAUUUCACGAAAGACGACAAAAUGGGGUCCCUUGUUAAUUGAUGUUCUGACAUCAGUAAAGACUGGCUUUGGUGGCGUUGACACCGUCGUUGGACAUCAAUUGGGAUACAUAACGCCUGAUACCAUCCACCAAGCUCUUAGGGGUAUCUUCCAAAAUCUAGCUUCUGAAAAGCCCCUACAAAACCUAGAAGUGGGAAAGACGGGCGUGCCACAAGACACACAAACCUAUGGCCUAGAGCAGCCGAAAUUGGAGACUGCCUACACCAAAAUCCUUGACCAGUUAUUUGGCAAACAAGUCUACAUAGCAAACGCGCUUGGUUCAAAAACCGCCGGUGUUUCGUCCACAAUAGCAACCAGCCCUGAAUUCGGUUUUGGUUCACUUCUCGCCCGAAAGGAACACCGGCAGAGGUUCGUCAAGCAGGUCAAGCAAGCCGCCAGUACUGGAUCUUUCGUUACCGAAUCGCCCGUCAAUUGGCUGGCCAAGUGGGCCGCGAGUUCCGAAGAUGCUAAGGCGGCUGGCGAAAUUGCGGAUGAUGUAAUUGCCAGGCUUGAGACUGAUGGGUCUUCGAUUGCCCGAGACCUCUUAUCAAGCAAGGGCUUGUUUAGAAAAGAGUCGUUAUGGCUUGUUGGUUCCGAUGCUUGGGCAUACGAUCUCGGAAACUCCGGUGUCCACCAUGUCCUGGCCUCCGGUGAGAAUGUAAAUAUGCUCAUAAUCGACUCUACGCCCUACUCUGAGCGUGCUGCAGCGGACGCCGAGAGGCGGAAGAAAGAUAUCGGGUUGUAUGCAAUGAACUUCGGCAAUGCCUAUGUCGCAUCUACCGCAGUUUACAGUUCAUACACUCAAGUUCUCCAGGCCAUGCUUGAAGCUGAUCAAUUCAAUGGCCCUUCGGUUGUGCUUGCAUAUCUGCCGUACUUCGGCGAACAGGAUUCUCCUUUGACCGUUUUGCAAGAAACCAAGAAAGCUGUGGAUCUUGGCUACUGGCCACUCUACAGAUGGAACCCGGAGAACGACAAUAAGGGAGAGCCCAACUUUUCAUUGGACUCCGAACGCGUCAAGAAUGAGCUUAAAGAGUUUUUGGAUAGGGAUAACAAAUUGACCCAGCUAAUGCGACGCGAGCCAGCAUUUGCUGCGAGUCUCUCCCAAGAUUUUGGCACGGAGGUUCGUGCGCAACAGAAGCGAAAGGCUCGAGAUGCGUACAACCAGCUAUUGGAAGGUCUUUUUGGCGCACCCCUCACAAUCCUUUUUGCGUCAGAUAAUGGAAACGCACAGUCGUUGGCGAAGCGCCUUGGAACGAGAGGUCGUGCUCGAGGUCUUAAGACAAUUGUUAUGGCAAUGGAAGACUACCCAGUUGAAGAUCUUCCAAAGGAGGAAAAUAUCGUGCUCAUAACCUCCACCGCCGGCCAAGGUGAAUUCCCCCAGAACGGCAAACCCUUCUGGGAUGCCAUCAAAGAUAGUACCGACCUAGAUCUCGCAUCGGUCAACUACUCGAUAUUCGGUCUUGGAGAUAAGCACUAUUGGCCAAGAAAAGAAGACAGAGUCUACUACAACAAGCCCGCCAAAGACCUUGACAGGUUACUAGCGAACUUCGGAGGUAAGCGUCUAUCAGAGGUUGGAUUGGGCGAUGACCAAGAUCCUGAUGGAUACCAAACUGGAUAUGCGCUAUGGGAACCUCAAAUCUGGCAAGCGCUCGGUGUUGCGAACGUUGAGGGACUGCCAGAAGAACCGGCACCGAUCACAAACGAGGAUAUCAAGUUGGCUUCAAACUAUCUUAGAGGUACGAUCGUCGAAGGUUUGAACGACCCGACGACUGGGGCUAUCUCGGCUGCCGACCAACAGCUCACCAAAUUUCAUGGCACAUAUAUGCAGGAUGACCGAGAUAUUCGUGACGAGAGGAAGGCCCAGGGUUUGGAGCCUGCAUAUUCAUUCAUGAUCCGUUGUAGGCUGCCCGGUGGUGUAUCUACCCCGAAGCAAUGGGUUCAAAUGGACGACAUCAGUACAAGCCUUGGCAACGAGACUAUGAAGCUCACAACUAGGCAGACUUUCCAGUUCCAUGGUGUGGUUAAAGGAAAGCUAAAGCCAGCUAUGCAAGCCAUCAAUAGGUCGCUGAUGACUACCAUUGCCGCAUGUGGAGAUGUUAACAGAAAUGUCAUGUGCAGCUCUCUUCCCACUCAGUCACAGUACCACAAGCAAGUGUGGGCCUCGUCACAGAAGAUCAGUGACCAUCUUUUACCCUCUACUACUGCCUAUCAUGAGAUUUGGCUCACAGAUGACAACAACGAGAAAACACAGGUUGCCGGUAAUGCUGUCCAGGAUUUCGAACCCCUUUACGGCCCCACAUAUCUACCUCGAAAAUUCAAGAUCACAAUCGCUAUUCCACCGCAUAAUGAUACGGAUGUAUAUGCCCACGAUGUCGGUCUAAUUGCCAUCAAGGGUGAUGAUGGUCAGCUAGCGGGAUUCAACGUUACUGCUGGAGGUGGUAUGGGUGCGACACAUAAUAACAAGAAGACAUAUCCUCAAGUCGGUCGCAUGAUGGGAUUCGCCAAGACUGAGGAUGUACAUAUCGCCUGUGAGAAGAUCAUGCUCGUGCAGCGAGAUCAUGGUGACCGCAAGAACAGGAAGCACGCUCGACUAAAGUACACUAUAGAUGAUAUGGGUGUUGACGUUUUCCGCUCUAAGGUUGAGGCUUUGUGGGGUAAAUCGUUCGAACCGGAACGCCCAUUCCAUUUCAAGAGCAACAUUGACACAUUUGGUUGGCAAAAGGACGAGACUGGAAUGAACCAUUUCACGUUCUUCAUUGAGAAUGGCCGGAUUGAAAACACGGCCGACUUCCAGAUGAAGACCGGUCUUCGUGAAAUCGCCAAGGUCCACAAAGGCGAGUUCAGAUUGACAGGAAACCAACACUUGAUCCUCAGCAAUGUCGCAGAUGAAGAUCUCCCACAGAUGAAGGAGCUUAUGAAGAAGUAUAAGCUUGACAAUGUCCAGUUCUCUGGUAUGCGUCUCAGUUCCUCAGCCUGUGUCGCUUUCCCUACAUGUGGCUUGGCCAUGGCCGAAAGUGAACGUUACCUACCCGUCCUUAUCUCCAAGCUCGAGGGAUGCCUUGAGGAGAAUGGGCUCGGAAAAGAAUCGAUCGUUAUGCGCAUGACAGGUUGUCCGAACGGUUGCGCCCGUCCUUGGCUAGCGGAAGUUGCCUUCGUCGGCAAGGCCUUCGGCGCUUACAACAUGUAUUUGGGUGGUGGUUAUCAUGGCCAGCGACUAAACAAGCUUUACCGAUCUAGUAUUAAGGAGGACGAAAUCCUGGCUAUAAUGAAGCCCUUGCUAAAACGCUAUUCCUUGGAACGUGAGGAGGAAGAACACUUUGGAGAUUUCUGCAUUCGAAUAGGCGUCAUCGCAGCUACCAACGGUGGACAAGAUUUCCACAACAAUACUGGCGAAGAGGAAUUUGAGGACGAAUGAUUUCUUGAAUUACUUGAAGCAUUAGAGCAUGAACCAUUUAAGCAUUGCAUGGGGAAUCGGUGUUUUAGGAGUUAUAUACACUUGUAAAUUGAUGUACAAACGGUACUGAAUCUAGUUCAAAUAGCAUAUUUACUUAGAUGAUCAGAAUUGAGAUGAUACCUCGUCGGUGUCGGGUAUAUUACUAUUCA